AUGGUGAUGUCGGUCGGGGUGACGUCCUCGCGCUCUGAGCUGACAGAGCCAGGCUUCGAGAACGGCACUGCCAGCCCCUCCCCAGUGAGCCCCAUGGGCACAGCCGGCUCCCCGAUGGCCCAGAGCGUCGUUUAUGCAGACCUGAGGUUCGUGAAGGCCCCUCGGGGGAACAAUACGUGCUCCAGGUCCCAGGAGGCAGCGCCCGCAGACGAGGACGAUGUGGAGCUCACCUACGAGAACAUCUGGCCGGCCCAGACUGGGGAGGUGGAGCAGGGGCAAGGUGCAGAGCAGAGCAAAGAGGCCGGGUGGAGCACGCGGUACCUGCCCCUCGGCCUGCUGGGGAUCUGCCUCUUCCUCCUGGCCACCACCAUCGGCCUGGGGGUUCGCUACUGGCAGGUUUCCCAGCAUCUGCAGCAGGCGUCCCAAGCGCAUGAGGCAGAGAGCAGCCGCCUCUCCCAGCAAGUCAGCUCCAAGAGGGCGACCCUGGCGCAGACGGCGAGGGAGCUGGAGCAGGCCAGGCAGGAGCUGGGGCAGGCCAGGCAGGAGCUGGGGCAGGCCAGGGAGGAGCUGGAGCGGAUGCAGCUGGAGAUGAACGGCACCCAGGAAAAGUUGCUACAGCGGGAGGCUGUGUUGGAGGGAACGAAGGAGGAGCUGGCGAGGGUACAGGAAGAGAAGAGAGAAAUUAAAGAGAAGCUGAACCAGACGAAGAGUGCCCUGUCCAGCAUCCGCCCCUGCGAGCAGACAGACUGCUGCCCAGCAGACUGGGUGUUGUACAGAGGAAAUAGCAUGUUUCAGUACUCGAGGAGAAGGUAUUAGGAGAGAAAGCAGAAAGGUGUGAACGAAAUCAUUGCUCAGCUUCUUAUUGCCAAUCCUGGGACACGGAAGAACGCCGAAUUUUCUAAAACAUACUGAUGUGCAGUAUUGGAUUGGACUCAGGGGAGACAGGCCUAUAGGAUCAUCGUGG